AUGCCACGCCUCGUAUCAUUCGAUGUCGAUGGCACCCUGAUCAAGAGCAUUGGAGCCAGGGCCAACCAGCUGCACCGGGAGGCUUUCACUGCUGCCUUCAAACAAGUGUUUGGGAUUGACACCACAAUCGACGUGAUCCCGCACCACGGCUCCACCGACACCUUAAUCCUGGUGGCAGUGCUUGUAGUGCAUGGAAUUCCCAAGGCAGAGCAAGCCAUGAACAGCUACUUUGCUGCAAACAUCGACCGGGCCGGGGAUGGCUUGGAGGUGUUGCCGGGCGUUGUCGAUCUACUCAAGGCACUCAAGGAAGACACAGACUUCAUGACCUGCCUCGUCACCGGGAAUCUGGAGCCGAUCGGGUGGGGCAAGAUGCAGGCCCUGGGCCUGUCCGACCUCUUCUCGACGCCUCACUUUGGCGGCUUUGGGAGCGACUUCUGCAGCGGCAACACGGAGGAGACAUGGCGGGAUCGUGCCGAGUUCAUCCGCCUGGCAGCAAUGAAGGCGGCCGGGCAAGCAGAUGGCCCCAUAACAGCCCGAUUCCACAUCGGGGAUGCCCCCAUGGACGUCCAGGCCGCUGCAGAUGCCGGGGCUGUGCCACUGGGCGUGACCACCGGCAUCUACACCAAGGAGCAGUUGCUGGUGGCAGCUCCCAGCGCCACCAUCCUUGAAGGCCUAGGGGAUCUGUCGAAAGUCAUGGACAUAUUGAGGCAAUAA